AUGGAAGCCAUCGAGAAGCCAAGCGGCUCGGCGCCUGCCCAGAUUGUACCUCGACUUCUCAGUCUUGGUAGCACUGGGUUUACGUUCAAGCUGAACGAAUUCAUCGUUGUCAAGAAGGUCCGCCCUGGUCAAGAUUGCAACUUGGCCAAUGAACAGACGAUAUUCGACAUCCUUGAGCGUCAUCCUCCGUCUCCGUACAUUGUCCGAAGCUUCUACCGAACCGAGAAGGCCAUCUUUCUGGAAUACAUAACGAAUGGGGACCUUGCAUCCCUUCUUAGGGAAGACCAGGAGAGAGACGAAUCAUCCUCUCAGCAAGUGAUGGGAGUUACGAAAAGACAACCGCUGGAGAAUUGUUUCCGUUGGAUGAAGCAGCUUGGCGCUGCUGCUGCUUGGCUCGAAGAACUUGGUCUGGCCCACUGCGACAUUCGUCCUGCGAAUAUGCUUUUGUGUCCUGAUGGACAGAUCAAGCUAGCGGACUUUGACCGUACACUCAAGAUCGGAGAGGAUUUACUAUCUGGAACAGAGCCAUUUGCCAGACUUCUUGGCGACGAAGGCGGUCUAGAUUGCGGGACGUACGGAAAGGCUGGCUGUCGAACUGAACAGUUUGCUAUUGGGUCGGUUUUCUAUUCAUUGACCCGCGGCCACGACCCAUUCGAGGAUCAAUGGUAUGGUCCGGAUCACGGCCCAAUUCGUAUGGAGAAACUGCAGAGGAUGGAGCUUCCCUUCACAGGCGACUUGGAAUACGAUGGGGUCAUACGGAAGUGCUGGCAUGGCCAAUACAAGUCCAUCACAGAGCUCGCUGCUGACAUUGCCGCUUUGGAUGGAGAUGCCUGGAAAGUCACGAGCGAGGAGGAUCCUCUUUGGGUCAAAGCAAGGAUGGAUGAGUGCGAGACGAUCGCCCGAAGCGGAAUUCUGGAGCAAUUGACGACCUUCUAG